AGAGGUGAUGAAUAGGGAGGAACUAAACCACAUUUUACUUUCACUUUCACAGCCUUAGGAAAUAAAAUAUCAGAAGUAGGCUAGACUAUGAACCACACAUUGUUUUGGCAUAUCUAAUUUGAAUUUACUUUUACUUAUUAUCUCAACAAACAAACGAAUUAGCAAAUAUGCCCAAACUAACGCUCAUCGGAUUGUACUUUUGGAUUUGUCUUGCGCAAAAGGUGGUUUCCGGAGAGGAUCUUUAUCAUAAAGUGGAAGGUGAGCUGGUGUUGAAACCAGACAAGUCCACAGUGCCUGACUCCAUCACAAGCAUCCUAUGGAAGCAUGGGAAGAACAAGGUGGCAGAGUGGGACAAAGAUUUUGGUGGUAUUCUGGAAAUCUAUGCUGGCUUCAAAGGCCGCACAACCCUGGACCAGACUACUGGAGAGCUGAGAAUCAGUGGAUUGAACAAAACAGACAGUGGAGUUUAUUCUGUGGAGUUCAACAGCAAACUGCUUGAGAAGACAUAUACACUGUCUGUUAUCAAGGCAGUCCCCAAACCCAUCAUCACUUCUUCCUGUAACGCCAACCUAACCUCCUGCACUCUGACCUGUGAGGGCAACACCACUGAUGCUGAACCCGUGACCUACAGCUGGAAAGUGGGAGAGGGGGCGUGGGAGGUCGGAGGAAAACUGUUUAAUGUCUUUAAGAGCGACACUGGCAAAUCAACCAAUGGUUACAAGUACAUCUGCAAGCUGAAGAACGCUGUUAGUGGGGAAGUCAGUGAGCCAGUUGGAGAGGUGUUUGGUCCAGAGGCAGUCCCCAAACCCACAAUCACUUCUUCCUGUAACCCAGACAAAACCUCCUGCACUCUGACCUGUGAGGGCAACACUACUGAUGCUGAACCCGUCACCUACAGCUGGAAAGUGGGAGAAGGAGCAUGGGAGGUCUUAUACAAACAGAGGAAUGUCUCUAAGAGCAACACUGGCAAAUCAACCAAUGGUUACAAGUACAUCUGCAAGCUGAAUAACGCUGUUAGUGGGGAAGUCAGUGAGCCAGUUGGAGAGGUAUUUGGUUCAGAGUAUCUUUAUCAUGAAGUGGGAGGUGAGCUCGUGUUGACGCCGGACAAGUCCACAGUGCCUGACUCCAUCACAAGCAUCCUAUGGAAGCAUGGGGAGUGCUGGGUGGCAUAUUGGGACAAGGAUUCGAGUGGUCUGGACAUCUAUGGUGCCUUCAAAGAGCGUACAACCCUGGACCAGACUACUGGAGAGCUGAGAAUCAGUGGAUUGAAGAAAACAGACAGUGGAGUUUAUUCUGUGGAGUUCAACAGCAAACUGCUUGAGAAGACAUAUACACUGUCUGUUAUCAAGGCAGUCCCCAAACCCACAAUCACUUCUUCCUGUAACCCAGACAAAACCUCCUGCAUUCUAACCUGUGAGGGCAACACCACUGAUGCUGAACCAGUCACUUACAGCUGGAAAGUGGGAGAGGGAGCGUGGGAGGUUGUAGACAAACAGCUGAUUGUCUUUAAGAGCAACACUGGCAAAUCAACCAACAGUUACAAGUACACCUGCAAGCUGCAUAACUCUGUUAGUGGGGAAGUCAGUGAGCCAGUUGGAGAGGUGUUUGGUCCAGAGCCUUCCAUCAGAGAUUUUGUUGGUGUUGUUGUCACUGCCAUUGUGGCAUUUGUUUUCAUUGUCAUAUCAGGAAUGUUGGUGUGGAAGAAAAAGACUGGAUAUCCCCAAGACACCUGGAUCGACUUUUUGAGAAGGUUUUGUGGUGGAAUUUGUGGGCGCGACGGUGAGCCUAAAAGGGACGGCGGUGGCGGUACAGGGACCGGCGGCGGACCGGCGGCGGCGGAGAGGGCGGCGAUUGCGGCGGCGAUUGGAGCGGAGGCAGCUAUUGCAGGGGCGGCGAUGGCGGCGAUGGCGGCAGCGAUGGCGGCGAUUGCGGAGCCGCAGAUUGCGGAGGCUGCGAUUGCGGAGGCGACGAUUGCGGCGAAGGCGGCAAUUGCGAAGGUGGCGGAGGCGACGAUUGCGGAGGCGGCGAUUCCGAUAGCGGCUGCGGACCGGGGGCCGGCGGCGAUUUUGAAAGGGGCGGUGGCGGAGGCCCGAGGGCCGACCUGA